AAAGGGGAAAAAAUUAAAAUAAAUAAAUACAUAAAUAAGAGAGAAAUUAAUUUGAUUGCCAGCGAAAACGUAGAGAAGAUCAAAUUCUGAGCUAAAAAUCGCACGGGAAAUGGAGUCAGAGCCCAAGCCGGAGAAGGAGAUCCACGUCGAGAAGGAAUCUCCGGUGAAGGAUCCGGAUCCCAAGCACGAUCCGGCGGAAUCCGCCGACGUGCCGAACGCGGACCAUGGCAGCAGCGACAGUGGCGGCUCCUCCGCCCCCGGAUCCGAUGCCACGGCCGCACGCUCCGCGUCGAGGAAGUCGGUCCACUGGAGCCCCGAGCUGGUGUCCGAGUCUCCGGCGAAUCCACAUGCGGGUCCGCAUGGCGGCUCGAAUCCUUACAUUACCUCGGCUCCCGCGGGAAACGAGGACUCUUUCUCCAUUAAAGAAUCGAUGGAAACGGUGAAGAAUGUGCUCGGGAGGUGGGGGAGGAAGGUGGCCGAGGCCACCAGGAAAGCCGAAGAUUUGGCCGGCAAUACCUGGCAGCACCUGAAAACGGGGCCUAGUUUCGCUGAUGCUGCUAUGGGGAGAAUUGCCCAGGGAACAAAGAUAUUAGCCGAAGGUGGCUAUGAGAAGAUAUUCCGCCAAACUUUUGAGACAGUGCCUGAGGAGCAAUUGCUAAACUCGUAUGCUUGUUACUUGUCCACCUCAGCUGGUCCAGUCAUGGGAAUAUUAUACGUAUCUACUGCAAAACUUGCAUUCUGUAGCGAUAAUCCUCUGUCAUACAAAUCCGGUGGCCAAACUGAGUGGAGUUAUUACAAGGUAGUGAUCCCGUUGCAUCAGCUCAAAGCAGUCAAUCCGUCUUCAAGCAGAGCCAACCCUUCCGAGAAAUACAUCCAGGUCAUCUCCAUCGACAAUCACGAGUUCUGGUUCAUGGGCUUCUUGAACUACGACAGCGCCGCGAGUUGCCUUCAAGAUGCUUUACAAUCUCCAACUGUACAAUCCGUUUGAACCCCGAAGCUGCUUCCUCUUCGAGCAAAAGCUCAACUGUCGGUCAUAUCGCCUCCAUUUGUAACUCAUAGGUCGAAAUAUUCCGUUAGAGCUGAUCAUACUUUUUCCCCAAUGAAGUGCCGGAAAUUUUGUUCGUAUCGUUUCCAAGUGAAAAUCAUGCAGCACCAUUAUAUCUACCGUCUAGCAUUCUGGGACUCUUUUAAGUGGAUGGAUGUUUUUGAGGAGAUACUAAUGCAACUGUUUUUUUCUUCCUC